GGUUUUAUUGUUGUUGUUGUUGUUGCUGCUGUUGUUUUACGAUUUGAUUUGCCGCCCAGUUUUGAAAAGUUGUCGCGAUUUCAGUUCCAAAUCGGCAGCUCAGCUACGCGCAACGAGUGCAAAGUGAAGUUCGUCCCGAACCCCAAAGGACAUUUGUGAUCCAUAUAAAGAAAUAAAGAAGAAGAAUUACAGAAAUAACUAAAAGUGCAAACGAAAAUUUAUAAACAAUAUUCAAACAAUUUCGACUCUGAAAUAAACAAAUAAAACAAAACCUCCACAAAGAGUCAAAGCCAAGCCCGGCACAACAUGUCGCAGCAGUCGGAAUUGCAGCUCAGAUAAGAACACUUCUGGAUCUGAAACACACACACACACACAAGCACACACACACAGACACACUCACGCACACAUAUACACACACGUCGUAGGGUGCAUCUACGCCAGAGGACACGAACACGUUCCACACAUUCCACAUUCCAUAGAGCACAAGAGAGUAUACAAAAAUGGUUCACGGACCGCCAGCACGCAGAAAAUCACAGCAGCAGCAUCAGCAGCCGAAUAACGGGAACGGAAAUGGCAAUGGGCAAUGUGAAAUGGAUAUGGAUCCCAUGCCCACGCCCCCAGACGGAGGCUGGGGCUGGGUUGUGGUCUUUGGCUCGUUCAUGAUUCACAUAGUCACCGAUGGCAUGACCUACUCCUUUGGCAUAUUCCACAACGAGUUUCUCACGUACUUCAAUGAGGGCAACGGCUACACCGCCUGGAUAGCCUCCAUAAUGGUGGGCGUUACAUUCUCCUCAGGUCCCAUCAGCUCGUCGUUUGUGAAUCGCUACGGCUGUCGAACGGUGACCAUUGCAGGCGCCAUCCUGGCCGCCGGCUGCAUCAUCGUCAGCAUGUUCGCCCAGAACGUGGCCACGCUGAUUGUCACCAUCGGCUUCGGCACGGGCCUGGGCUUCGGGCUCAUCUACCUGCCGGCCAUUGUCAGUGUGACGCAGUACUUCGAGGCGCGUCGCUCGCUGGCCACGGGCAUCGCCGUGUGCGGCUCGGGCUUCGGCACCUUUGUGUUUGCGCCGCUGACGGAGCUGCUCAUUGGCACCUACGGCUGGCGGGGAGCGAUGCUCAUCAUUGGCGGCGUCGUCCUCAACUGCAUCAUAUUCGGUGCCAUGUUCCGGCCGCUGGAGGCGCCACGGCCCAAAGCGCGCAAGCACAAAAAAGCAGCGAUCAUGGACCAGAAUGUGACGCCAGCCGAACUGGAGCCGCUCAAGGCUCAGGUGACUGGAACGAAGCCAGCCACGGAUCAGUAUCUGCAGCUGCCGCAGCGCCUCGAUGCGCCAUCCAACGGUGGCAACGGACUCUGCCGCUCCAACAGCGUCGGCCACAAUCUCAAGCCCACUUUGAACAACAAUUCGAAUGGCCAGAUCAACGGGCAGUCGGUGAAUACGCCGAUCGCGGUGAAGAGCAACAGCAACGACGAUCUGGGACGCACCUAUGCCAGCCAGCCGCAGUUGACGCCGCUGCGGGAGACGCAUCGGGAGCGCAGCGCCAGCGGCACCAUGUAUCGCCCGGAUGCGCUCUACCAGGGCUCUCUGCACAAUAUACCGGAGUACACCAGCUCACGGAAUGAUCUCUCGCACUCGCGCGCCGGCUCCGGCGUCAUCAAGCGCUACGGCUCCCUAAGACAGAGUCAUCCGCUGGGCCAGAGUCAGGAGAUGACCAAAUGCUGCGGCUGCAUCAGCUGCUCGAAGGAGACGCGCGACACGUUCGCCGAAAUGAUGAACUUCUCGCUGCUGAAGGACGCGAUCUUUGUGAUCUUCGCCGUGUCGAACUUCUGCACGAGCAUCGGCUUCAACAUGCCCUACCUGUACGUGGUCUCCCAGGCGGAGACGCUGGACAUUAGCAAGAAGGACGCCAGCUAUCUGAUCGCCUCGAUUGGCGUCGCCAACACCGUGGGCCGCAUCAUCCUGGGCUACAUAGCGGACAAGCCGUGGGUGAAUCGCCUGCUCAUCUACAACGUGUGCCUGACGGCGUGCGGCGUGGCCACUGCGAUGGUGCCGCUCUGCCAGGAUUACAAUGCACUGUUGGCCUAUUGCUCCGUUUUUGGUUUCACGAUUGGUGCCUAUGUGGGCCUCACCUCGGUCAUCCUGGUGGAUCUGCUGGGCCUGGAGAAGCUGACCAAUGCGUUUGGACUGCUGCUGCUCUUCCAGGGCAUCGCUAGCUUCAUCGGACCACCCAUUGGAGGCUGGAUGUACGACAUCACGCAAUCCUAUUCGCCGGCCUUCCUCAUGGCCGGCAUCAUGAUCGCCAUCAGCGGCCUGGUCAUGUUCGCCAUUCCGCCGCUGCAGCGCUACCAGGAGCACAAGGCUAAGCAGAUGUUCAACUCGGAGCAGCUGGCGCUCAGCUAGCUUGGGAUCGGCUGCGGGGACCUGACUAGAAAUCAUUAGCGUAUGAUUUACGAGUGUAUCUAAACUAAUUUUAUACUCUCUCUUUUUUAUUAUUUGACUAUUUUUUUUUUUUUUUUUUUUUUUUUUAGUUUAGGUUUUUUAUUUUGUAAAGGAAAAUUGUAUGGAAAUUGUGAAGCAGCCGUGCGUUAGACAAUAUAUGUACAAUACUAAGAGUAGGCUUAGGUUCGGGGCAACACACACACACACACACACACACACACACACACACAUAGCUAUAGACAUAAAUUAUUUAUAAAUCAACAUAGCCAACAUGGAAAAGGGUUGGGGUAAAAGCACAACAACAACAACAACAACAACAACAAAUGAGCACGCAACUGUUGCUGUUUACAGCCCUGCUUGCAUACCCUGUUUACAGUGCCGAAGAGAGUAUAUUGGUGCUCGAAAGGGUAUGAGAGAGUUAGCUCUAUGUACAUAUAGACCUACACACACACACACACACAUGGAAGCCUAUUGGCCACACCCACUGCCAGGCAGCAGAGUCUUCAGUCCACAGUUUGGCAAACAGGAAUUGUAAACAGCGCAGUCAGCCGUCGGUUACACCCGUUUGACCCCAUUUCCGCUGGGCUCUCUGCUUGGCCUUUUUUAUAGUGUUUCCAUUGAGUUUUCUAAUUGGAAACUCUGUCAUUAGCAUUACGUUGAUAUACUCGUGCAGCAGAAGAGACAUGCACAAAGGCAAGACAUAACAGAUUUCCCCACAUACACAGCUAUACUCUAUACUCUAUACAUAUAUAUAUAUAUAUAUAUACAUAUAUAUAUUUUAGUUUUAAUAGCUCAACAAUUUUUUUGUACGUUUAUGAAAUUUAUUAAAUUAAAGUCAACCAAAAAAUAGACAAGAAAUUUGAUUUGG